AUGGGCCCUCUUUGUUCAAUUAUUCUAGUUUUGGUCUUUGUUGCGGUGUGCGAGUCUACCAUUAUUUCGAGAAAAUUCAAAGCACAACUGGAAAUGAACGAUACCAAAUCAAACGAAGAACUUUUAGAAGAAUACAACUCUACAUCCGUUAUAGAGUGUGGAGCGCGGUGUCAAAAGGAGUGUAGUUUCUAUGGGUUUAAUCCUCAGAUGAGGAAAUGUCGGACACACAAGAAUAUUUUCACGUCGGGAGUGUCUAAUGAGGGUGGUUGGAGAUAUUACUCACAUGACUUUAUGCCCAGCGAUUGUAAGGAUCUUCAAUCAGAUGGAUACAGGAAUUCUGGGGUGUAUGUCAUCUAUCCCCAUGGGGCCACUACGAUUCCUGUCCCUGUAUAUUGUGACAUGACGACACUGGGUGGAGGAUGGACGGUAAUCCAGAAACGUGUUAAUGGAUCCCUGAGUUUUGACAAAGAUUGGACAGCAUAUAAAAAUGGUUUUGGUUCGCCAGAACAAGAUGUUUGGAUUGGAAAUGACGUUAUGCAUCAAUUAACAAAAGAAACCUCAUCCCUUUAUGUUUCCAUCACUCUCGAGAAUGGUACAACGCUAUAUGAAAUGUACGAUAGAUUCUCUGUCUCCAACGAAACAGAGAAAUAUCAACUCUUUCUUGCAGGACCUGCCACGGGGACCCUAGGUGACAGUAUGUUAGACACUGGUUAUCCAAUCUACUACGAUCUGUCUGGGAUGGACUUCUCCACUUCAGACAGAGAUAACGACGUGUAUGGUGAUCAUAACUGUGCUGCCAGUAAUGGAGGAGGCUGGUGGUUUAAUAUCUGUCACCGGGCCUUCCUUAACGGUCGCUGGUCCCCGGGACACUGGAUUGACCCGUGGUCUCCUACCGUUGAGUGGGGGAUGUAUGUGAGGGGGACCUUGAUGAUGAUAAAACGUCACUAG